UUACAGGUUCAGCACUUGCUUUGUUUAUUUGAACGACACAUAUUUGACUUAAUCGCUAAAUAUUACAAUAGCAUAAACUUCUUCCUAGAGCACUACCAUCCAAGAGUAUGGAGUCAUGCGUGUAUGCGAAUUAUAUGCGCAUCUUAUGAGCGUUAGUAUGCCGCUGUUUUCCGGGUUCAGGAAGUCAUCUGUGAUGAUUAUAUUCUUUGCACAAAAUUAACAGUUAGUUUCCUACUGGCCUAUGUAUGCCAAGUCAUUGUGGGAUUACUCGAGAUUGCAGCACCUCCGUUCGUGUCUUCUUGAUUGCCUCAAAGAAGAAUCGGUGUUAUUUUUCCGGAGGCAAGCUGCGCAGGGCCUGUGCUUGCUCAUGAUCGAGGUGGCUGUGACAGUCGGGUGUAUUUGUGAUGUUGACGGUUAUCAUUAUCUCCUGAAAGAUUGUCUCAAAUUGACAAAUAAGCCAAUCGUGGCUUUAAAUUGUAUUACGGAAAAACAAGGGGUCGCGCUGUUUGUUUGCACUCUACACACUUCACUUGUAGCUUUUUCUAGCUAAAGUAACACAAGGGGGAAUCUCUGCUUUCUCGUUUAUAUAGCUUGCGGCACAGCAUGGAUAUGGAUGUGCUAUUCGGUGGAGUCAUUGAUUCGGACGAAGACUUUGUUUUGGACUCUCCAACUUCAAUUUUUGAUGAAGAUCAGUUCAGUUAUGACACCAUGGGCCCUUCAUGUCCCUUUGAUGUGUAUAUCGACUACCUGUUCAGCAAGGGACUGGCUGAUUCUAUGGAAGAUACGAAAACCGUGGACUCCGAACAAGACGAAGCCGAUGAGCUACGAGACUACCUGAUAUCUAGCGCGUUCAACUCUUACUACAAACAAACCCUGGAAUUUGAGAGGCCCCAUAAGGAUAACCUGGUGUUUACCGCAAGUGGGCUAGUGCUGCCGGGUAAUGAGGAUAGUAGUAGCGAGUCCAGUUCAGUUAGCGACAUGACCGAGAAGCAAGUAGACCCAACCGAUGUCAUACCUAACCUAAAGCACCCGGGAAAGCAGCCUGGACUCAGUUUCGCUGGUACCAUGUCAACUUGCAACGGCGCGCGGAAACCAGCAGCGCUGAAGGCGGAUAAAGGUCGUCGCCGACCAUCUACAAGGGAAUACAAGUGCCAUUAUGAAGGAUGCAACAAGAUCUACACGAAGAGCUCUCAUCUCAAAGCGCACAUACGCCGACAUACUGGGGAGAAACCGUUUAUUUGCACGUGGAAGGGCUGUAACUGGAGAUUCUCCCGGUCAGAUGAACUCGCGCGCCACAAGCGAUCGCACAGCGGAGUCAAGCCAUUCGUCUGUGAUGUUUGCGACAAGAGAUUCUCUCGCUCGGAUCAUCUCGCCAAACACAGAAAAACACACUAUCGUGUGCGUAAAAACUCGAGCUUUAUAUUAUAGUGAAAAAUCUCAAUAUUCAGAAAAUAUCCCCGUCAAUGUACUUAGGAUUUAUAAAGUUUUGGAUUGUAGUAAUGGUAUUUUUGAGAACUGAAUUCGGCCGUUUUAUAUUAUUUUAUACACAACUAUGUAGCUAUCUCGAAAGGCCUAAGGUUCUAGGAGUUUUUAUAUUAUACAUAUAUAUAUAUAUAUAUAUUUAGGAGCUGUAUAUUUUUCAAUGUUUUUAACUAUACUUCUUUGUGUAAACAUAGUCUUUGUGUUGAUUUCCUAAAACAACACACGUCACUUGAUCUUCUGUCAGACCCGUGAUUUGUGUGUAAAUAGCUAAACAUGGAACGAAAGGUCACUGGUUAUAGACUAUACAAUUCGCAUCAAUGGAUCGAUUUCAAUCGAUUUAAAUUAUUGAAUAAUUGUAUCUGUUCAAGUUGAUAAAGAACUCGAAGCUACUGGUGUAGUAAAAUGUCAUUUAAUAAAUACUUUUUUACCGUGAA